UGACCCUCAGCAGCUGACCCAGCGCAGACACAGCCUCUCCUACAGCCCUCGGACACACCAUGGGCCCAGAGGCGGGUUUGCAGCACAGCAGCGACGACGGAGGCGGCAGCCCCAGCGACUCUCAACUGCCCCCCUGACCACCGCGACCACCGCCCAGAACCCCGAAAAGCCAUCGCUACCAACGGUUAGUGACUCUAGGACCCUCCCAAAUCACCUUCGUGAUAAACUCAAGCUACGACAACAACUAUGGCGGGCGAGGGGCGGAGGGCGGAGCCGGUGAUAAGUUGGGCCGCGUACGUCACACCCAGGCCCCCCCUGCGGGAGGGAAGGCGCCGGCUCGCCCCUCAAAAUGGCGGCGGCAGUGACGCGCCUGCGUACGAAAUUACUUCGCCGUGGCGCCACGGCCGGCGGGAAGUGAGGUUUUCGGAAGAGCCGCCGGAAGUGUACGGUGGCUCGGAGCCCCAAGUGGCCAAAGUAAAGUCCCCGAUGGGAAAACGAGUCCCGAUGGAAGAGUUCCGGCCCCAUUCUGUAAAAGAGGAAGUGAGAGAAAGCGCCUACAAUCUUCGGUCUCGGCAGCGGAGGCAGUCGCGGCUCCAGGAAGCGGGUGAGAUGAAGACGCGAAGAGCUGCUCUCCUUGAGCAGCAGUCCUCACAGCAACCUCUGCAACAGCCAUCGCCGGUCAUGGCCCGGAGAGGGUUACGGGACUCUCAUUCCUCAGAAGAGAAUGAACCAUCUCCGCAAACCAUUCUAAGCCAAACAGUCUUAAAGAAUAAUGUGAUGAGAACACGAGAGGCUACAGUGAUGAGUGAAGAUAUUUCAAUCAGCCUGCGCAGACCCUCUCUGAGAAGUGCAAGAUCUGAUUCAGCAUACAAAACAAAUGGAAAUACUGAAAUGAGCGAAUUAGAAGCCACUAGUGUCCAACAGAAGUCCAGUUUCUCUGAAGAAGGGGACACUGAAGAAAAUGAUCAAGACAGCUGUGACAGCACCCACACUACUGUUAAGGUCAGCUCCACGGACUCUGUUGCCUCUGGAGAUCAAACCAGCAGAUCCGGUCAACAUUCUGAAUCGUUGUGGCAGCCACCACAGAAGAGAGAGGAAGGGGGAGAGAAAAACAUCGAUGCAAGAGAGAAGCAUCGAUUGGUUGUACCCACACCUGGACUGGGGAUCGGGGAUCGAACCCGCAACCUAUGUCGAGACUUCACAGCUCUGGAUAAGCAAUAUUCAGUGCUAAGCCCGAGAUCUCACAAAUUAUCUCUGGAAUGGGUUGAACCAACUCCCCACAUAAGGUCAAGGAUACAAAAUAACAGCAUUCAGAAAUCAAAGCCUGCAAACCAGCCCCCAUCACCCUUCAGCCAACAUGUGACUAGACAACCCAAAAAUGCAUCUGUCUGCGGGAUGAAGUGGUGGUGGUGGCUGAUACCACCUCUGGUUGUUCUUGCCCUUGUGGUGGGUCAGCAGUGGUACUCUGUCCCUCCUGAGGUAGAAACCGCUGCUGUUCAAGAGUUCCAGAACCAGAUGAAACAACUUAUGAGUAAGUACCAAGGUCAAGACGAGAAGCUGUGGAAGAGGAGCCUGACAUUCCUGGAGAAGCAUCUCAACAGCUCCCAGCCGCGGCCUCAGCCUGCCAUCUUGCUGCUCACCGCUGCCCGCGAUGCUGAAGAAGCGCUCAAGUGUCUGAGCGAGCAAAUUGCUGACGCCUAUUCAUCCUACCGCAGUGUCCCUGCCAUCCGGUUCGACGGGACAGGCAGAGCUGCCCAGGACAGCGAUGCCGUGAAGCUGGAGAUGGACAGGGAACUGAGCGACGGGUUCCAGAACGGCCACAAGGCCGCGGUGGUGCACCGCCUCGAGUCCCUGCCCGCGGGCUCCACACUGAUCUUCUACAAGUACUGCGACCACGAGAACGCCGCCUUCAAGGACGUAGCCUUAGUCCUGACUGUCUUGUUGGAGGAGGAGACACUUAAAACCAGUCUAAGCCUAAAGGAAAUUGAAGAAAAAGUGAGGGACUUCCUGAAAGUCAAGUUCACCAACUCGAACACACCCAAUUCCUACAAACAUAUGGACCUAGACAAACUGAGUGGGCUCUGGAGCCGUAUUUCCCACUUAGUCCUGCCUGUACAACCUGAAAAUGACCUGAGAAGGGGCAUCUGCUUUUAACGGUGACAGAGGAGAGAUCGUGUCUCAAGUCCUGGGAGUUUUUCAGACUUUUUAACUGGAGACAGAAUUCAGAGCUCUUCUUAAAAGAACUAGUUUCUUUUUAAAGGAAGUUAAGUUCUUAUGUAAACAUGGAACAUCUAAAUCAUUUAUCCAAUCUAUUACCUGUCAUUUGAAAGAAACAUUUCCCUAAUUCCAUUGACAUUUGUAUUACUGGUGUUUGAGAACUCUAAGUUAUAUGCAGUCUCUUAGAAGAUUGAUUUAGGUUCUAGGUUGAAUCAUCAUUGCUAUCGUAUGCCCAGUAAGAAAGACUAGACAGUUCUUCCUGCAUAUCCUACCAGUUUUUAAUCGACUUGAUACAGUUCGUUGAGUUAUUGUAAGGCAGUUCCCUAAAUGCAACUGGGGGUUUUCCCAUUUUUGCUUUCUUUUAUGUCAUUUAGGUGGGAGUUCCUUAGUUUCUGCUUAUAGAAACAAAAGGAAUGAAAGGUCAUCUGAGUGUGUGUUCUGGGUUUUUUUUUCCCCCUUUGUUUUUGGAGGGUGGGGAGAAGGAAGCAAAGGAAAAGAGAAUUUGUGGAAUGGGGAAGGAAAGGGGGGAAAAUAAGUCUUUAAGAUGAAAUGUUAAAAUAAGCCUUGGAGACUUAGAUUAGUCAAACACAGUUAUCUGACCUCCACUCUCAGUGACUUCUGUUGGGAUUUGUUUUUCACGUGUUCUUUUUUAACCUUUUAAGAAAUGUUGGGGCCUCCCAAAGAUUUCGAAGCAUGUAUUUCACAAGGUUAAGCAUGCUUGUUCAUUGAGUGUUAAGGGCAGAUAAACGCAAAGCAGUUUAUUUUGGAUAUGUUUUGAAGCUCUGUUUUGAAUUAAGACAUGUAGUUUCUGGGGAAGGGAGGUAGGGGAGGCAUAUAAUUUCAGGAAUUGGUAAACUGUUUGUUAACCAGCUUUCCUGGGCUAUUGAAGGAUUUAAUCUUCCAUGUGUCCAUGUGUUGCCAUCUAAACCCUUCAGUGACACCCUUGAACAAAUACUGUGUAAAGGUUUUUCUAUGCACUUGAUAUAUUAAGAGUGCCUCAGCCAAAAAAGAAAGUGAACUUUACCAUGUAUGAAGAAUGUUAAAAUGUACUGUUGUAUAUUGCUGUGCUGUGGAAUUUCAGUUGUAACUUUGCAUCUGUAACAGCUUUCUCAUCUAGCAACUGCUUUGGUUUUCUUAGAAUCUUAAAAUUCUAGAGUCACCUUUUUUCAUUGAUAAUUUUUUUUUAAUUAUCAACAAACCCUUUAAAUGCACAUUGUUUUAGAAAUCUAGAGCUAGUCAUUGGCUUCACCAUUUACUUUCUGAGCAUCUCAUGACUGUGGCAGUAGAGUAUGGUCUAAUUUCUUCCCGCUAGGACCACCUGUAUUCAUAAACUUACACCCCUUACUAUAGUUUGUUCCGGUCAGAAGUCAGAUCACCUGAUUUCUAGAGGAUUUGAAAAUAGUUUUUGGAAAGGCUUAUUUUAUACCUAUAUAUUAUAUGGAGAAACAAAUGUUUUUAAUAAAUGUUUCACUGACCAAAAUAAUUUUAAAGUAAUUAGUUUUACUUACCUUUCAGGAAAAAUAAUUAAGCAGCUGAUCUGUAAAUGACUUUAAAAGCUAUUUUAGUAAUUUAAAUAAAUUUACUUUUCUUAGUUUGUA